AUGGCUGCGAUCAAGGAGAGCGGCGCCCAGGCAGUGCAUCCGGGUUUAUUGGCCCUGGCGAGUACGCCAUGGGCGCCAUGGGCUGACAAGAUCCAGUCGAAGAUCAUUGCAAAGAAGGCCGGAGUCAACACAAUCCCAGGCUAUGACGGCGUCGUACGCGAUGCACAGCAUGCAGUCGAGAUCGCCGAGGAUAUCGGCUACCCAGUCAUGCUCAAGGCGUCUGCUGGUGGAGGUGGCAAGGGAAUGCGCAUUGCCCAUACAAAGGAGGAGGUGCUGGAGGGCUUCAAGCUUGCUUCCGACGAGGCACUCAGCAGCUUCGGCGACAACCGGAUUCUGCUGGAGAAAUACGUCGAGGAGCCGCGCCAUAUCGAAAUUCAGAUUAUCGCUGACAACAAGGGCAACGUGCUGUGGCUGCCCGAGCGCGAGUGCUCGAUCCAGCGCCGUAACCAAAAGGUCAUUGAGGAGGCACCGUCGACGCACCUGGACCCCGAGACUCGCCGCGCCAUGGGCGAACAGGCUGUGGCCCUGGCGCGCAACGUCGGCUACAACAGUGCUGGCACUGUUGAGUUCCUGGUUGACAAGCACCGCAACUUCUACUUCCUUGAGAUGAACACCCGCCUGCAGGUAGAGCACCCUAUCACCGAGUACAUCACUGGAUUCGACUUGAUCAACGGGUGGGCUAUUGAGUCUCGUGUAUACGCUGAGGACCCCGAGAAGUACCUGCCCAGUAUCGGCACGCUGUCCAAGUACCAGGAGCCAACAAGCUGGAAGGUUGAGAACAAUGUGCGGUGCGACAGCGGUAUCACUGAGGGUUCAGAGAUCUCCAUGUUCUAUGACCCGAUGAUUUGCAAGUUGUCGACCUAUGGUGCUACCCGCGACGAGGCGAUUUCAACCAUGAACCAUGCGCUGGACAGGUACCUGAUCAAGGGCGUGACGCACAACAUCCCGCUGCUGCGUGACGUCAUCUCCAACGCUGACUUUGGCAAAGGCAAGAUUACCACUGCGUUCCUGGCCGAGCACUAUCCCAGCGGCUUCAAGGGCCACCGUCUUGACGCCGACCACCACUGUUGA